CAGACGGUUGCGGGUGGUUUAACAGUUCAAGUCUAAAUACUUGAGCCAGGAAAUUAACGUACACUCGAGGCGCUUAUGUAGCGACUGCAGUUGCGUGUAAAACAUUCAUCUCCACGUAAUAGCUGCCUCCAUGUAAGCGAACCAAGAGUUUUAAACCCGCUUUUUUUUUAACUGUAACAUGGAUCCUUAAUGUAACGCUCCUCGCGUGGGAUUGCACUCGCUGAUAUGGACCACGAAGCUCCUUAAACGAGAAGACGAGAUGGGAAAAUGGGAGCUAACGAUGAAUCCUGUGCAGGAGUGGGGUGAAGAGGUGGAGGAGGGGGCCGUGUACGGGGUCACGCUCCACAGGGAGCCUGUGCCCGCCUCGCCCACGACCAGCGCCGUGAGUCCGUCCUCAGCCUUCGUGAACUACCGGACCACCAAGUUUCGGCGUCUGAAGGCCGCGAGGCUGGAGGUGCUCGUGGAGCAUCUCCUGGACCCGGGCUGCCAGGAGCAGGACUACAGCCACAUCUUCCUAUCCACCUACAGAACCUUCACCAGCACCUCCAAGGUCCUGGAGUUGCUCUUCAACAGGGAGUGUUCGGUGUCUGGUGCGGACAAGACCUCGAAGCCGCUGCUGACCUUCGUCCAGACAUGGUUGGACGAGUACAGCGAGGACUUCAGGGAUCCUCCUGUGCACCCGGCGCUCCGGCUCCUGCUGGAUCACCUCACCAUCAGCUCGGCCGUCCACGACAGGCUCCACUGCCAGCCCAACUUCUGCUCCCUGGCUGGACAAACGGAUGCUCUGCUGAAGAGGUUCCAGAGAGAAGAAAGUGAAGCGAAUCUUUGCCCUGCUCGGGCCAGGCACGCAAAAGAAGCUAUCUCUGAAGAUGAAGAUUCCGGCUGUGAAAACUCUCCAGAUCCAUGUGACAUCAUGGAGUUCUCCGCCGCCGCCAUCGCAGAGCAACUGACCUGCAUCGACUCUGCUUUGUUUGUCAAAGUGGCCCCCUAUCAGUGCCUGGGCUGCAUGUGGUCUCAGAGAGACAAGAAGGAAAACAGCUCCCCCACCAUCAGAGCCACCAUCGCGCAGUUCAACGCCGUCACCAACCAGGUCAUCGUGUCGCUGCUGUGCCGCCCCGUCGACGCCACGUCCAGUCCCACCUCCCCCCGCCGGCCGCUCUCGUCGCCCGCGCAGAGAGCUCGCGUCAUCGAGAAGUGGAUCAGAGUGGCACAGGAGUGCCAUCGCAUGAAGAACUUCUCGUCGCUGCGCGCGAUCCUGUCGGCCCUGCAGUCCAACGCAGUGUACCGGCUGAGGAAGACCUGGGGGGCGGUCAGCAGGGACAGCAUCGCAGCCUUUGAUGGCCUCUGGGAAACUUUUCCAGAUGAGAACUGUGUCCUGACCAGCAGGGAGCUCCUGGUGGAGCAGGACGCAGGCCCGGCAGCCGUGGAUAACGUUUCUCCUAAGAUAUCCAAGCGGUGUCCGAUACCCAGACAGAUGAGCGCCUCCGGCCCUGUAGUUCCUUACCUGGGCACCUACCUGACCGUACUCACCAUGCUGGACACGGCUCUGCCCGACACCCUGGAGGGCGGCCUGAUCAACUUUGAGAAGAGGAGGAGGGAGUUUGAGGUCCUCUCGCAAAUCCGAGCUCUUCAGACGUCGUGUUUCCAGUUCCACCUCCCUCAGCAUCCCUCCAUCGCCGCCUGGCUGCAGGAGGACCGGUUGCUGACCGACCAGCAGAGCCAUGAGUUGUCCAGGCAGUUGGAGCCUCCGGUGGAUCUGUGCUCACCGAGCUCCCGCGGCCACAGGACCCUGUCCAAGAAGCUCUCCUUCCUCCUGACCGUGAAUGAGGGCUCCAAGAAACUCCCUGCCGACCAGAUCAGCGUGUCGUCGUCCGGGUCCAGCGGCUCGGAGCUGGAGGACUUAUCUGCAGCCAAUGCGGCGUGUUCCAUCCGGUUGCAGGCGUUCCACAGCUCCAGCCACAACGUGUCAGAGGACUUCUCCUCCUCUUCGUCCUGCUCCUCCACCUCCUCCCCCUUCUCCUCCGUCGACUCCUCGGCUCCGUCCACGCCGUGCUCCUCCGACAGCCAGCCGGAUUCCGAUGGUGGCGCUCGGCCAAAACGCCCGCCCUCCUCUCACCACAAGCGCUCUAUCUCUAUGACCUCGCUGCCCGUCUACAACCGGCAGGUGGCCGACUCGUGCAUCGUGAGGGUGAGCGUGGAGCUGCAGCACAGCAACGGGAACCUGUACAAGAGCAUCCUGUUGACCAGCCAGGACAAAACGGCUCAUGUGAUCCAGAGAGCUCUGGAGAAGCACCACCUGGAGGACAUGAACUGGCAGGACUUCACUCUGACCCAGGUCAUCUCCCAGGACAGAGAACUUCUAAUUCCAGACAAGGCCAAUGUCUUUUACGCCAUGUCCACCACUGCCAACUUCGACUUUGUCCUGCGUCACUUCCACAAGGGCCAGAAGAAGCCGCUGAAGGCCACGUCCAGCCUGGGCAGAUACACGAAGUAGACGGGGUCCAUUCGAGGAUGAGGAGGAAGCUGCACUUUAAGACUGAAUUCCACUGUGGUUUCUGUCUCUGAAAGAAACUUGUAAGAACAAUGUGCGUGAUCUUGAGAGCGAGUGCCGCAGCCUGCGACACAGGUGGGGUCCGUUAAUAGCUCAAGUUCAAAAAGGGAAUGUGGGUCAGCAGGUCGCUGGAGGCACGGCUGAAGUUCAGUGCUCCAGUUACCACGGCGACAGGCUCCUGAUCGAGCAAGAUGAUCUAUAUUUAUUUCCACCCACUGAUAUGACUUUAAUCACACCACUGUCUCUUUUUUUUUGGAUGCUGAAGGUGUUGAUUUUGAGUCAGUCACCAUGAACCAAGCUGAACCAAUGUAGACACGUCUGAAUCACUCGCUCUGGAUCUGGUGGUGGAGCUGAACACUUCACGAAGAAGAAACUGUUUUGUACAUGAUUAAAACCGAACGGCUCGCAAGUGUCUUUUAAAUAAACCCGCUACUGUCUGGCUGAGUGACUCGCAUGGAAAAAUGUAGGACCUCUAGGGACAUCUAGUGGUGAGUGUGGAGAGUGAAGCUGCAGUCCACAUCGGUCAUUUCCACAAGUGCGGGAGAUCGAGGAGGAAGCUUCUGGAAGGUCUGAAAAGACUCCAACAUUCCCCUGGGAAAUGAAGUGUAAAAUGACCUGCAACUCAUUGCUGGUCAAUCUUGUUGCCAGUGCGUUAAAUAACCCCAAACCUGAGCAAAAUUAACAAUGUUCAUUGAAUGUAAAUAAAUGGCAUUUAUUAACUGUCUGUUGAGAAACGGUACAUUUAGCGUGCAGUCACGACUGUUUCUAACUCUUCGAUGUGACUCUGUGAUAAACGGAUCGACUUCCGGUUUUCCUGACCGGAAAAAGCGCGCUGCUUCCUGUCGCAAUCAUCGGUCACCUGUGUUCGACACUUAAUUGAGCCACCAUGUUUGUUGCAAUAUUUUACCGCUAUUUUCCAAAUUUGGUUUUAAAAAAUUGGGAUUUAUCUGAUAAAGGAUCAUAUGUAACAGCAAAAGGUGCGACCCUGAACCUCCAGCCUGCAGCCACUGGAACCAAGAUGACUCGAGACAGAUGGAUGGACUUGUUGACACUAAUCCACUGUAUGAGCCUGGAGGACUUUGGGUGAUGGAGACCAUAGAAAUCCAGUUGCAGCUUUUGAAGUUCAAGUACAUCAGAAUCCAAAACUAUAAUAAAAACAAAUUAAAUCAAUGUAAUUUAAGUUUUCUGAACCUUAAUCACAGUGCAGAAGAGCAACGUGACUAAAGAAUUUCUGAAUUGAUUCUUGAUGCUUGUUAUCUACAGACACUGUGGACUGAGUUGACCUAGGCCACACCCCGACAGCUGCUUCUCAGCUCUCAGUCUCAUCUGCAUCGUAAAAUAUAAAAUCUCAGCUCUCUGUGACCCCAAUCUGUUUCCUUAAAAGGCGCCCUUGCUUCUUUCUCAGCCAACAGAAAAAGCGGAGUGAGAAAAUGAACCUGUUGAUUGAUGCCAGCCACUCCUGCGAGGGGUCACCGCGGCAGCGUUCCGGGCUGGAAUCAACCCCGGCACGUGACGCAGCGAUCCCGCUGUAUAUGGUCAUGAUUCUGGGAGCUGAGGGGAGAUUUCCUCUGAAGACGGGGGGGGGGGGGAGAAGAGGCGGGUCUCCGGAGGACAUGGCCUUGUUAGGAAGGCCCACCGCUGACACCCAGCCAUGUCCUCCUUUGCGAGCCCGUCCAUUGGCUUCGGAUCCAGCACCCCCCCGUGACUCAUUACAGCACAGCAGUACAAGACUCAGCUGGUGUGAUAUCAGGAGAGUGCACCACUUGGGCGGUGCCACCACCAAAAUGUGGGAGUAGCUGACCUACAUUGAGCCGCAGCUUGCUGCUGAACCCCCUGUGUAUUUUUGUUAUGCAGAUAUGAUGUAAGUUUAAAAGCAACAGGCUGCAACUUGUGAAACAGUUUUUUCCACUCAAGUUUUAGUCGCUGCUUUAACCAUAAUAAUAUUAUCACUGAACACCACUGAACCCUCCAUCACCCUCUGCUUCCUGCCUUGACGCAGCCAGUCAGUUUUUCCGCCCUGCGUGAACACUGAGGUGACCCUGACUCUUCUUUCAAUCAGUUCUUCUUGAAAUCUACAAAAUGAAUUUCACCCUGCAACAUGCUGCACACAAGGAGAACAAGGCAGUUGUUGUCUGCUGACUGGGACGUAGGCUGCGUGGGUUGGCGGAGUCCUUUAAUGCCUCACUAUUUGGAACGAACCUUGGUGCCCCCCAUGAAGGCUGGAACUAGACCCUGCACCCACUGUGGGCCUUGAGGGACUGGUUUGGCCGCCCUUGCUCUCAGGUUUUCUGCACCCUAGCAAACUUCGGUCCUUAUGUUGAAUGGCUCUUCUGUGGCUGCCAAGCUAUAAGGGGACUGAUGGCUACACCAAAGACGGUGCUAGAACUAGACCCAAGGGCUCAUCCAGGAGCUCCUGGUGACUGAGUACCUCAGAAUGCAUGGUCAUCGGAUUGAGAAAGUUUUGGCAAUUUUUAAAACGCAUUUCAACUUGAAACUGGGAGACCGCUCUCUUCCCUGAGUAGAGCCUGUCAUCGAUUCAGAGAGUCUGUUCAUGUCACUGACCUACUUGAUAAGCUCAGAGGAAAGGAACAAAAAACCCACCACAUUAGCCCGUCACAGAUUCACACAACUUCCUGUCCCUUUGUUCGGCGAACACUGAACUCACUGAACACUGGACUCGUGACGUGGGCUGGACAUCCUCGGGGUUGGAGAGUCUUGUUCUUGCUUCGGCGGCAAAGGUUUAAAUCACUCCCCAACACAGAUCCAUCUAUUGAUCGCUGGCUUGCCUUCUAGGAACCUCAUUACUGGAACACGGACAGUAACUCCAACCCUCCCAGGAAGAAUCAAUCCCGACAUAAAUGCCACUUACUCGCUAUUGAAGUUAUUCUGAACGCAAAUCAGUCCUGCUCUGGGCACUCAUCUGCACGGAGUCUGAAUGGCAUGCCUCGAGAUUCCCAAUUUCCAACCCGACGGGCUGCUUGUAUAUGGACAGAAUAAUAAAUGUCUAGUCCAUCCUCUAAGCUAAUGAGCUGCCAGUUUAGGGACGGGUAAAUCCAACUGGGGUUAAAGUAUCUUGUUCAGGAGUGAGGGAAUUCUUCAGUCACAAGGAUUCUGGAGAAAGGCCAGGACUAAAAGGAGACCGUUGAUAAAUCUACCUUCACUAACAUCACAAGCUUUGGGACUGGAUCAUGGAGUCCAACAGAGGAGAAUCUGUUGCCUCCUAAAGGUGUCUUGUCUGGACCCUUGGUAUAGAGUGGAACUUGCUCCUCUAUAUUGAGAGAAGCUAAGUGGCUUUGGUAGCAAGUCAGGACGCAAUCCUGGUGAGGUGUUCCUGGCAUGUGCAACUGGGAGGACGCCCUGGGACAUACCCAGGACACGCUGGAGAAAUCAUGUCUCUCAGUUGACCUGUGAACACUUCUGUGUUCCCCAGAGAGGGAGGUUCCUUUUAGCCAUGCGUUAUUAGCAGUUGCUCAGCUUUACGUCUUGUUAAACCAGGGUCUGGUCUCUUUCAGACACAGUGUGUCGCAGAGCUCAGCGUUCUGGAUGUGGGUGUGUUUACUUGUGUUGUGGAGCAGAAUCCACUCGUAACAACAAGAGCUUGUGUUGAAGUACAACAGUCACUUUCAUCUGAGAGUAGAGCAGAAGUUUCCGUCGUGUGUUAGGCAAAAGCAGCCGUGUGACUAGUUGGUGUCGGGAAGAUGAUGUCAGACCCUAGAUCAGAGUGGAUCAGCACUUCUCCCUAAGACUGAUGAGUCAUUUAGUUCACGAUUUUGCUUCUCCAGUUCUUGCCACGUCUUGUUUUGCCGUUCGUUAUGAUGCCACUAAUCUCACACCAUCAUCACAAUCCAGUGUCAGCAGAGCUUUAUCUUUAUGACGCUUGCUUUUUUCACUCUUUGUUUUCGUGUUCCUGCCACUCCCCGCUCUUCCAUCAGCCUGUGUGCACUCACAACAUGUGCGCCUGUGACUUUCUGCGAGGUCAUCGGGGUUGGACUGCUUCCAAAGUCAACACUGAUCGUCUGGCCACCUGCCAUUGCUGCUCCACUUUGUACCAAAAUAACAUCUUUUGUCGGCACUUGCACGCAUUCUUUGUCAACAGUAGCUGAUUAUAUUCCUCAGUACUGAAAGAUCUAUUGGGUCAGGGGCCUCGUAAAUCUAUUCCUGCUUCUGCUUCUUCCGGCUGCCCUCACCUACCAACAUGAACGUUGGCCUGAUUCUGGAGUGGCUGGAUUGAAAACAUAGGCAAAGCAAGUGGUUUGUUUCAAGUGGACCCGCCCCUUCCACACACCCAGAAACAUGCUAUGCUCCACUGGAUCUCCAUGAUGAAGCCAUUUAAAACAAAAACAAACAUUCCUCAGUCGGAUCGCAGCAACGCAGGCAGCUAUAUGUUACUCAACCUCCACCACCGGCAGGAUGUCUGCAGUUGUGUAACGCUUCUUUAUUGCUCCCAGCCGACCCUCGUGUUUAUGUUUCUCUGCACCACUGUGUUAGAAAGUAGCAGCAGGCAUUUCUGCAGCAUCUGUGACCAGGAAUUCCUGGGUGUUCCCAAGCCAGAGCGCUGAUAUGAACUCUUGUUUGUAUGUUUAACAUUAGCUCAGGAUUAGCGUGCCAGAGAGCUUUUGGUUUGGUCUGGGAGGAGCACAGAAUUCAGAGGUGAAACUGAACAAACAUAAAUAUUACUCAUCUCUUCUGAAGUAUUCCACAUCAGCAAAGUUGAGUUCAGUGGAACUUCCUGUCAUAUCUGAUUCCCGCGAACUAAGGACCCAUUCGUGCUCCCUUUGUGCGUAAAUGUUACGUCACUGAUCACAUGCUGUACUUAGGUGCUAUUUAUUGCUGUUCACCAAUGUAUCCAUUGGGGGGAGCAGCCCAGAGUAAAAAGUUGAUGACGACAACAAACUCCAAAACCAACGUGACUGUGGAAGAGGCAUUGAUCAUGUAGCUCUUGCACAAAAGAGGUAACGGAGGCAGCGUUGUUGGAGGCAGCGGUCAGUGAGACCCUGGAAUAUAUCAGCACCGGAGGACCAUUGUUGUCCUCUUCGUGUCUCAUUAGAGCUAUGUAUCGGGUAGUAACAGCAACACUGCCCCCACGGUUUCAGGUGGUACUGCAUUGGUUGACCCACAUUUGUACGUAUUGUGGAAAUGUGCAGAAAUACUGAGGAAAUCGACGCAGAGCACGGACAGAGUUGUCUGUCCAUAUCCGGAUCCUUCUGUAAUGUACAGUGUUAGUGGGCCUCAAGCAUGGGACAAUGACCUUAAUGUAUCGUCGGACCUUCUA